AUGGCGAAACGCCGGAUCUCCGGGAAUCUCCGGGAGUCUCCGGGAUCUGAGGCAGAGCAAAGCUACCGGAAGGCGCUCUCGUGCAUUUGGGCGCUCUACAGACAAAGGUCAGUAGGAAAGGCUGUGGAGUUGGGUCAGGCGGUGGAUCUGAACUUGGCCUUGUGCUACUUGAAGUUGGAACGUUAUGAUUCGGCAAGACGCUGUGCCAGCCGUGUGCUGGAGGUGGAUUCCGAGAACAGUAAAGCGCUGUACCGCCGGGCCCUGGCGUUGCGGAGCUUGGAAAGGACGGAAGAAGCGGAGAGGGACCUGAUGAUGGCCUGGCAGGUUUCGAAGAGUCCAGAAGUUCGGCGAGAACUCUUGGCCUUGCGCAAGCUCCGGGGCGAGGAGUCGCUCCCUCUGGGCUUCUUGCAGCCGGAGGCCGAGACCGAGGCGGACUGGGCGGUGACGGAACAGGUGCAGGACGCGUUGCAGGAGGCCAGUGGCUUCCUUCAGGCCAUCGCCGAGCGGAAGAUCGCGUGCCGCAGCGCGGGGGAAGUUUCGGCCCUCUGUGCGCAAGUGGACGCCAUGGCCCAGCUCCUACCAGAGGUGAAGCGAGUCAUCCAGGAAGCAAAGCUGGUGCCGCCACCGGAGGGCGCACAGCAGAUGCCACUGGAAGUGAAGGUAGUGGAAGUUGUGGAUUUGCUGGAGAAGCUUGGAGUCGGAGUGUUGGGACACCAUGGCCUUCAAUUUCACGAAGGGAAGAUGUGCAGUGGUUUGGAGUCGUCGUCCUUUCGGCCUUUCUUCAAAGCCCAAGAACGCCGUGACGACGAGUUUCGCAGUCUGCGGGUCUGCCGUUCCUUCGGCAGCGCCACGUCCUUUGACGUGGAGCUGGUGCGCUGGGGCGAUGCGCAGGAAGCCACCCCCGAGAACUUCGCCGCCGCACUCUUCGGAGCCAGUGGCAAGCCGCGCAACGCGGCAGAAGCGCAGUGGCAAAGAGAGCUCUUCUAUCGUAUCUUUCUGACCGAUGCCAGCAGAUAUGUGGCAGGAGCUGCAUGGCUUCUGCUGAGGGCUGGAAUGGCAGGACCGUUGCGAUUGCAGCAUGAAGGCCGCGACGUCUUGGAGCUGGGCCUCGCGCGUGGCAUGUUCUUCGCGCCGCCGCAAGCGGAGGGGCCCGCAGAGAACGGAGCUGCUGAGGCCGCUUCGGCUGAUGCCUUAGCCAUUUGCAGCGGCGAGGAUCGACGGCUCGUGGUGCUGCCAUCCUUUGGGUCGCUGGGCAUCAUGCACCACUGGCUGCUGCUGAAGGUGAGCGGAGGGGAGACCCUUGCCAUCGAUCUUUGUCCGGGCGCAGUGGCUCCGUCCCGCGUGCGGCUGCGAGUAUGGCAGCACGAAUCAGACUCCCGCUACAUCCUUCGCAGCGCUCACUUUAGCGACGCUGCCGACACUGCGGUUGUUUCGGGGUCCGAGUCGCGGCAGAUGCGCGAAGCCCUGCGAAGAUUGGCGGAAGGCAGUGGCAUGAACCUCUCCCAGGGUCAACUGGAUGCCAUGUUUGCUUCGCAGAAAGCGCCACACUCUAUAGAGUCCUCGGACGACCGCUGCCUGGCUGCCCUGCACGCUUGCGCGCGGCGCCAAGGGCUGCAGCUGGUUUCCGCGGACCUGGAAGCUGCGCACGAGGCUGCGGUGAAGCAACUGGUGCUGAGGAAGCUGCAAAGGUACGGCUUCGAGAAAGCGGCGCGCGAGUUCGGCGCCGAAAAACACGCCGUUUGAAACCGCCAAGG